AAAUAUACCUAAAAACCCUUUUUUUCUCUAUUUGUUCUCUUUCUUCCUCUGAACUUUCACAUCAAUGGCUAUAACCUUUCAAUCUCCCAUGAAACUCAGCUUCAUCACUUCUAAUGGCUUCUCAAAUCCUCCUUCUCUUUAUCCCAUCAAUACCCAUUUCUCAUUUGGAUUCAAUCUCUCAUCUGUCUCCUCCAAAACCCAAACCCAUAUCACCAUACCCGAACCCGAACCCGUUUUCACCUCCGUCAAGUCGUUUGCUCCGGCCACUGUUGCCAAUCUAGGUCCGGGUUUUGAUUUCCUCGGAUGCGCCGUUGAUGGAGUCGGAGAUUUUGUCACUCUUCGGGUUGACCCAAAUGUUAAAGCUGGGGAGGUUUCGAUUUCUGAUAUCUCCGGUGCCGGAAAUAAGCUUAGUAAAGACCCUUUAUCGAAUUGUGCUGGAAUAGCUGCUAUUUCUGUUAUGAAGAUGUUGAAUAUACAGUCUGUUGGUUUAUCGAUUUCGCUUGAAAAAGGGUUGCCGUUAGGUAGUGGACUUGGGUCUAGUGCUGCUAGUGCUGCGGCGGCGGCGGUGGCUGUGAAUGAGAUUUUUGGACGGAAGUUGAGUGUUGAUGAUCUUGUGCUUGCUGGGUUGGAAUCGGAAACGAAGGUUUCGGGUUAUCAUGCUGAUAAUAUAGCACCUUCGAUUAUGGGUGGUUUUGUGUUGAUAAGAAGUUAUGAUCCGUUGGAAUUGAUCCCAUUGAAGUUUCCAUUUGAAAAAGAUUUGUUUUUUGUGCUUGUGAAUCCCGAAUUCGAAGCUCCAACGAAGAAGAUGAGGGCGGUAUUGCCAUCGGAGGUGACAAUGUCGCAUCACAUAUGGAAUUGUAGUCAGGCUGGGGCGUUGGUGGCUGCGAUAUUGCAGGGGGAUUCGAGGGGUUUAGGGAAGGCGUUGUCGUCUGAUAAGAUUGUGGAGCCGAGGAGAGGGCCGUUGAUUCCUGGGAUGGAGGGAGUGAAGAAGGCGGCGUUGAAGGCUGGGGCGUUUGGUUGCACGAUUAGCGGAGCUGGACCUACAUUGGUCGCGGUGACGGAUGAUGAAGAGAGAGGGAGGGAGAUUGGGGAGAGAAUGGUGGAGGCGUUUAUGAAGGAAGGGAACUUGAAGGCUUUGGCUAUGGUGAAGAAGCUUGAUCGAGUUGGUGCCCGCCUUGUUAGUAGCAAUUCAUGAUGAUUCGAUGGAUCAAUCAAUCAAUCAACUAUGCCUCAAUUCCAAAUGAGUUUGGUAUUAGUUGUAUGAAUCCUAUAUAUAUCUUUUCACUAUGUGAAUUCAUCAUGCUAUGUGAAAAAUGAUAUGUAGGAAUUUGUGUGCAAUGAAUUGUUAGAGCUUCUUUCACUUUGUAUUUUUCAAACAUGUUUUGAAAUGUUUCUUUGAGCUGUCUAUCGGAAAUUGCCUCUCUGUCACACAAGAUAGGGGUAUGGUCCGCGUACACUCUACCCUUCCCAUAUCUUACUUGUGGGAUCACACUUGAUGUGUCGUCGUUGUAUUGAUCAUUGAGAAGUCAGUUGAUUACCGAGCAAAUAAAAUAGUUAAAAGUUGCCAUUUUGAAAUGGCUUACUUGUCAAUUGAUUAGCAUUCUUGAUUUGCCUUUUCUUGAGGACAUUUUGUUCAAUACUUAUGUUGCAAUGUAUCGAAUGUCACCUGC